GCAGAGAUUUGUGAAGAAUAAGCAGACACAGGGAGAGAGAGAGAGGGAGAGAGCCCCGGAGGUGCGGCACUUUCUUAGCAUUUGCAUCGUUCCUGUUGUUUUUUUUCCCGGCCAGACAGAGAACAGAGUAUCUGUUCAACAUUUUAAGAGACCCAAAUGCCCGGUCCCACCCAAGCCCUUUCCCCAAAUGGAGAGAAUAACAACGACAUCGUCCCGGACAACGGAACCAACAUCAUUCCUUACAGGAAAAAUACAGUGCGGGGAGAGCGCGCCUACAGCUGGGGGAUGGCGGUCAACGUAUAUUCUACCUCAAUAACCCAGGAGACUAUGAGCAGGCAUGACAUUACUGCCUGGGUUAACGAUAUUCUCUGCCUAAACUAUACGAAAGUGGAGCAGCUCUCCUCAGGAGCUGCCUAUUGCCAGUUCAUGGAUCUGCUCUUCCCUGGCUGCAUCAGUCUUAAGAAGGUCAAGUUUCAAGCUAAAUUGGAGCACGAGUACAUUCACAAUUUCAAACUGUUGCAGGCGUCCUUCAAAAGGAUGAAUGUGGACAAAAUUAUUCCUGUGGAGAAACUGGUCAAAGGCAGAUUUCAGGACAAUCUCGAUUUCAUCCAGUGGUUUAAGAAGUUCUUUGAUGCCAAUUAUGACGGUAAAGAGUACGACCCUGUCGCAGCCAGACAGGGUCAGGAUGCCAUUCCCCCACCUGACCCCGGUGAGCAGAUCUUCAACCUCCCAAAGAAGUCCCACCAUGCAGCCAGCUCCCCUACCGCAGGAGCAUCAAGGUCAAGUUCCACAACCCCCAAGUCCUCAACACCGACGUCCCGACCCUCAUCAGCCAAAAAGAUCCCUGUGACAACCACUCCUGCCAAAGGAGAGAAAGAGCUGGAGGCACAGGUCACACAUCUUACCGAGCAGGUGAACACAUUAAAGUUGGCACUGGAAGGGGUGGAGAAGGAGAGGGACUACUACUUCAGCAAGCUGCGGGAGGUGGAGCUGCUGUGCCAGGAACAGGGUGAAGAAAACGCUCCAUUUGUCGAUCGGCUAAUGGAGGUCCUGUACGCUUCAGACGACCAGGAAAGAGCGGAGCUGGCUGAGGGUGACGGACAGGAUGUGGACCAGCAAGCCCACGAGGAGGCACCAGAUGAUCAGCAGGAAGAACAGGAUGAAUACUGACUGCCAUCAUCCCUCACUGCAGUUACACCCCUCUUUUUAAUAUGUGAGAACUGUUCAAGGAUUCUUAAUUUUUCCUCAUGUUUUUUUUUUUCUUUUUGUUUCAUUUUCUCCAAGACUGAGCACAUGAAGCAACCUCCUGAAUAGAAGCACCAUCACAGUUUUUAUUUUUUGUAUCCCUCUGCUCACUGUUCGAUGUUUUUUGUGACUUUUGGUGAACUGCUGUGGCAGGUUUUGUGGUGACGACCUCCACCGGCAGACAAGCUCAGACCAUCACAGAAGUUUCCAAGGACUGUGUGGGUGGAAAAGUCAAUUCAAAUCCUACAGUAGAUGUGAUGAAAUGCUGAAGUUUAGACAGGUAACUGUUACCUGUUGGUGCAAGUGUUAACUCCCCAGCUUCUGUCCUCUUUUCAUUUUAUUUUGUUUUUUAUUUUGCAUAUCAACAAUAUUAAUCACAAGAAUGCAAUAAGCAAAGCCCUGAAAGGGCUCGUAGUAGCUCUUAUUUAACCUCCUUCCAUAUGUUGCACUGACAUUUGACUCUGUACUGGACAAUCUGUCCAUAGACCCUCACCAUAUUUAUUAUUGUAAAGCCUUAGGAAUAGUGCAAGAUUCUGAAUUGCAUCCUCGUGAAGGAGGACAAUACAGUCGAUGAAUUGUGAAUAAAAUGUAGUUUAAUGCCUCACAAAUUACAAGAUUUCAGAUAAUCCGUGUGCUCCACAGCGUGUUAUUCACACCACACAAGGUGGUUUGGUAUUAGAAUUUACUUGGUAUGCCAUAAAUAUAGGGAAGGAAGAAACAUUAUCGUGGACUAGUCUUAUUAUAAUUCUGCAUUUUUAAGUUUUCAACCUCAGCUGGAACUUGUGGUCUGUUCAGAUUUCAGCUGUUUGUUUCAGAGAUUUUUUUUUUUAAACCACAGGUCUUAGGGAGAAGAGUCAGUUCACUGAGUAAUUUGCCAUGCUAUAUUCCAGUAAGUACAUUGUAUACCCUUUCUUAAUAUUGCAUUUACUAAUAUUGAACUGGGCAGUGCACCAUAAUGCUUUAGUCAUAUAUUAUUGUGUAAAUGAAAAGGAAUGUAAACUUGUACUGUCAAUAAUUAAUGAAUGGUAAAUGUUUUUUUCAUGUCCCACUCAUUAUGCAUUCCCCAAAAAACAACGUGUUGCAUGUUUGCAUUUUAUUUGUGAAUAACUUGACCUGCUUUUUACAUAUUUAAUAAAAAACAAGUAUGUUAAGUGAGCUUUUGUAUGUUUAACCUGCUAUUUGAAAGAUGUUGAGAUUCGGAUGGAUUUGCUGUAAUAAAAUUACAUUUUGAGUCCGUG